UCUCUCUCACUGCCUCACCAUGCUCAUUGCCAAGAAGGUCCGCGCUGGUAUCUACAAGAAGCUGUUCCAGGACGGCGUCUGCGUCGUCAAGAAGGACACGGCCCUCCCAAGCACCCGCGCAUGGCGGCGACCAACCUGGAGGUCAUGAACACGAUGAAGUCGCUGAAGUCGCGCGGCUUUGUCCGUGAGACGUACGCGUGGCAGUACUCGUACUACUUCCUCACCGACGAGGGCCUCGACUACAUCCGUGAGUUCCUUCACCUCCCGGCCACCAUCAUCCCGGCCACCCUCAAGAAGACCCAGCAGUCGCAGGUCCGCAAUGCCGGCGGCCGCGAUGACCGCCGUGGUGGCCGCGGCGACCGCCGCUCCCGCGACCGCGACUCGUUCCGCGGUGAGGGCAAGGACAAGAAGACCUCGGGCUUCGACUCCAAGUCGGCCACCUUCCAUGGUGCCCGCGGCGCCGGCCGUGGCGCUGGCCGUGGUGCCCCGCGCUCCUGA